AUGGAAGCCCCAGCACCUGUAACUGAAGAGGAACCACCAGUUCAAGAGAAAGAGAAAGCACCAGAGGAAGUCCAAAAGAAGAAGAAAGCCCCAGCUUUCGUUCCUCCUCCCUACAAACCGCAACUUCCCUUCCCUGUCCGAUUCAAGAAACAACAGCUUGAGAAAGCCAGAGCCUUGUUUUAUAAGCAAAUAAAGGAGAUUGAUAUUACAAUGCCCUUCUUGGACGCAUGUAUGCUCAUCCCUCUCUAUCAAAAAUUUCUCAAGGACGCUGUAACCGAGAGAAGAAAAGAAGUUCAGGGUAUGGUCGUUCUUUCUCAUGAAUGUAGCACAAUCAUAACAAGGAAAGUAGUUGGGAAGAAGUUUGAGGACCCAGGCAGUUUCACUCUUCCUUGUUCUAUUGGUCCUCUGGCAUUCAACCGAAGCUUAUGUGAUCUUGGAGCAGGCGUAUCCGUGAUGCCACUCACAGUAGCUAAGAGGCUUGGGUUCGAGAAGUACCAAAAGUGCGACGUUUCCUUGGUACUUGCGGAUAGAUCAGUAUGCAUCCCAUUGGGUAUGCUCGAGGACUUGCCCGUGCGAGUGGGAAACGUGGAGAUACCCACUAACUUUGUUAUCCUUGAGAUGGAUGAAGAACCCAAAGAUCCGCUGAUCUUGGGAAGGCCCUUUUUGGCAACCGCUGGCGCUAUCAUCAAUCUCUUCUGGGUAGAGACUUUGGAUCAGUUUGCAGAUGAGUAUCUAGAGGAGUUAGCCACAGCGGACCAGCUUCAGCUUGCCUUGACUGAGAAGGCAGAGGAAAAGAGCUACUUCAACACCGAAUCCUUGGAGUAUGCUCAACUCUUAGACUCCCACAGAGGGACUGUUCCCAAUGACGUGGUUGAGGAAAUCAUAGGACGCUCCGUGAGAGUUGAGGAAAUCCACAAGGUAGAGGCAGAGCACGACCUCGAGCAACCUUCUGACGAUGACUGGAGCGAGGUCAAAGCCCCAAAGGUGGACCUCAAGACCUUACCAGAUGGGCUAAGGUACGCAUUUCUUGGACCAAAUUCAACUUAUCCCGUAAUUGUGAACCAAGAACUUACCCCACCCCAAUUAACCUCCCUCCUUAAUGAGUUGAGGAAGUUCAAGAGAGCAAUUGGUUACUCAUUAGAGGACAUCAAAGGCAUAUCUCCUGAGCUUUGUACUCAUCGCAUUCACCUUGAUAACGAAUCAAAAGGAUCUAUUGAACACCAAAGACGCUUAAAUCCCAACCUCAAAGAGGUGGUGAAAAAGGAAAUCCUUAAGUUGCUUGACGCCGGCGUGAUCUACCCUAUCUCGGAUAGUACUUGGGUCUCGCCGGUACACUGUGUGCCCAAGAAAGGUGGAAUCACAGUAGUCAAGAACGAAAAAGACGAAAUGAUCCCAACCAGAACCAUAACCGGUCACCGAAUGUGCAUAGAUUACCGAAAGGUGAAAGCCCCCGCGACUUUCCAAAGGUGCAUGACGUCCAUCUUUUCGGACUUGAUUGAAGACACUGUUGAGGUGUUUAUGGAUGACUUCUCUGUCUAUGGCAGUUCUUUUGUGUCUUGUCUGUCUAACUUGUGCAGGGUUCUCAAGCGCUGCGAGGACACGAACCUAGUGCUCAAUUGGGAGAAGUGUCACUUUAUGGUCAGGGAAGUGAUCGUCUUUGGACACAAGAUAUCAGAAAAGGGAAUAGAGGUUGAUCAAGCAAAGAUUGAGGUGAUGAGUCAGCUUGCUCAACCAAAGACAGUCAAGGACGUGAGAAGUUUCCUUGGGCACGCUGGUUUCUAUCGGAGAUUUAUCAAGGACUUCUCCAAAAUAGCUCGUCCUUUGACACGCCUCUUGUGCAAGGAGACUGAGUUCAUGUUUGACGAGGAGUGCCUUAAGGCAUUUGAGAUGAUCAAGACUGCCUUGGUCACGGCCCCGAUUGUGCAAGCACCAAACUGGGACUACCCUUUCGAGAUCAUGUGUGAUGCUAGUGACUACGCCGUGGGAGCUGUGCUUGGCCAAAGGAUAGACAAGAAACUCCACGUGAUAUAUUACGCAAGCAGAACCAUGGACGGUGCCCAAGGACGAUACGCAACAACUGAGAAAGAGCUCUUGGCAGUAGUCUUUGCAUUCGAGAAGUUCAGGAGUUAUCUUGUGGGUUCAAAGGUGAUAGUCUACACUGAUCAUGCAGCCUUGAGACAUCUGUUGGCAAAGAAGGACACCAAGCCAAGGCUCCUGAGAUGGAUACUUCUUCUGCAGGAAUUCGAUCUCGAAAUUUUGGAUAAGAAAGGGGUUGAGAACGGAGUUGCGGAUCAUCUCUCAAGGAUGAUGGUCAAUGGACCAGCACCUAUCGACGAUACUCUGCCUGAGGAACAGUUGCUCUUGGUGGAAAGUCUUGGGAAAAGCGUAGGUUUGGCAGUUCGGUUAGAGCAGUCAAAGGCAGUUAAGGAAAAAGAGGCGCCUUGGUAUGCAGAUUAUGCCAACUACUUGGUGUGUGGAGAAGUGCCAGCGGACCUAUCUCCUUACCAGAAGAAGAAAUUCUUCAUGGACAUCUCACAUUACUUUUGGGACGAAUCAUACCUAUUCAAGAGAGGAUCAGAUGGUCUGUUUAGGAGGUGCAUAGCUCAGGAAGAAGUAGAAGGAAUACUCGAGCAUUGUCACGGAUCGAGCUACGGAGGUCACUUUGCGACUUUCAAAACAGCGUCCAAGGUUCUUCAAGCCGGAUUCUGGUGGCCAAGCCUUUUCAAAGACACUCACGACUUCAUUGCAAGGUGUGAUAGAUGCCAACGAGAAGGGAGCAUUUCCAAGCACAAUGAAAUGCCACAAAACCCGAUACUUGAGGUGGAAGUGUUUGAUGUAUGGGGCAUCGACUUCAUGGGCCCCUUUGAGCCACCUUCUCAUGGGAAUAGAUACAUCCUAGUGGCAGUUGACUAUGUAUCCAAGUGGGUCAAGGCAAUCGCUUCCCCAACGAAUGACGCCAAGGUUCUGCUCAAGCUGUUCAAAAGCAUCAUCUUCCCGAGAUAUGGAGUGCCAAGGGUUACAAGUGGUCAGGUGGAAGUGUCGAACAAGCAGAUAAAGAGGAUCCUCAGGACGAUUGUGGGAGUGACCAAGAAGGACUGGGCAGUUAAGUUAGACUACGCUCUUUGGGCUUACAGGACCGCCUAUAAGACGCCAAUAGGAAGGACGCCUUUCUCGCUCCUUUAUGGGAAAUCGUGUCACCUUCCGGUGGAGAUUGAGUACAGAGCGCUUUGGGCAAUCAAACUCCUCAACUUCGACAUCAGGUCUGCCCAAGAGAAGAGGGGUUUCGACUUACAUGAGUUGGAAGAGAUCAGGCUGGACGCAUAUGAGAGCUCCAAGAUUUACAAAGAACGGACUAAGGCAUUUCACGACAAGAAAAUUUUGCCUAAAGUCUUCAAGGUUGGAGAAUAUGCGCUGCUUUUCAACUCAAGAGCUAAGUUGUUCCCUGGGAAGCUCAAGUCCAAGUGGUCGGGCCCGUUUGAGAUUAAGGAAGUCCUUCCUUAUGGAGCUGUCACUUUGCUCAACCAGAAUGGCGAGGAGUUCACAGGAACGGCCACAAGCUCAAACCAUAUUUGGGCCAACGCAUUCAAGGAGAAGGAGUCUCAACUCCUCUUCCGGACGCCCCCUUAG